AAAAAAUGUUUGCUAAGAAUAUUUGUACUAUUCAAAGCCUGCUGGAAAACAAAAAGACUUCUGCCAGGUAAAUUGAGCAAUGAUUUAGCUGGAUUUAGUUUUGACUUCUGGUGGAUCACUUUACACCUUCAUGCCAAUGAGAACACAGUGACUCGGCACUGGUCUCUCAUAGCUAACAGAACUUGAGCUGAUUUAAACUGCCAGGAGACCUUGCGUCAAAAUAACUCUUUCAUAAAUAGACUAUCCAAACAGGGAUUUCCUUUGAUACCCGGAUCAUAGCACUGAUUGUGUAACAACCAGUGAGCUGCGGACCAAACAAAAAGGACUUUCAGAACACAACCGUUAGAUAAACAACAUCGAGACAACUACCAGAUCAUAAUGUCAGACGAUCAAUCCUCUACGCCCUCAAACAACUCUCUAUGCCCUGGAUGCCAAGGUGAAGGGUCCCUCCUGCUACCCUGCGGGCACCGUCUGUGCCAGGCUUGUCUUCAGUUGUGCCAGCAUGAGCUCGGACAAGACCAGCUGGGCUGUACAGAGUGCUAUGGGCGUGAGUUCCUGGACACCGUUCUGAAGGGGCUGCUUGACUCGCUGUUCCAAGGGCAGCCUCGUCGGGUGGGAAACGGAGAGGAGGGCAGAGGGUCAGCAGAGGAUGGAGAUUUGUGCAGACAGCACGGAGAGAGAUUCACUCUGUACUGUAUGGAGGAUGAGGAACUGAUCUGUGAUCAGUGUCAGGGAGAGAAACAUGAAGAUCACGACUGUAGCUCCUUAGAAGAGGCAACACAAGAGUGUAAGAGGGAGCUGAGAGCAGCUUUAAGACCUCAGCAAGAGAAACUGGAGACAUUAAACAUGGCCAAGCAAACCUGCCAGGAAACUUCAGAACAUAUGAGGAGACAAACACAGAACACAAUGCGUAUGAUAAAGGAGAACUUUGAAAAACUCCAUCAUUUUCUUCAUGAUGAGGAGAUCUCCAUGCUGAGAGCUCUGAAGGAGGAAGAGGAGCAGAAGAGCCGGAUGAUUAAGGAGAAAAUGGACCGAUUAACAGAGGAGAUUACAACAUUAAAAGAGGCCAUUCGUUCAACAGAAGAGGCCAUGGGCGAUGAUGAUAUGCCAUUUUUAAGGAACUACAAGAAGACAUCAGAACAAAUGGAGUACGCUGUGCAGGAUCCUGGAGAUAUCUCAGGAGCUUUGAUUGAUAUGGCCAAACACAUUGGCUGCCUCAAGUUCAAAGUUUGGGAGAAGAUGCAGACCAUUGUCACAUACACUCCGGUGAUCCUUGACCCCAAUACGGCAGAUGUCUGCGUCUCUCUAUCUGAUGACCUCACCACCAUCCGCUACACUGAAGAAGACCAACAGGUCCCAGACAACCCGGAGCGCUUCUGCUACUACGAAUGCGUCCUGGGCUCUGAGGGUUUCAGCUCAGGUCGCCACAGCUGGGAUGUUGAGGUUGGAGACUGCAGUGAAUGGGCACUGGGAGUGGUGAGAGAAUCUGUGCUGCGUAAAGAGUGGUACCCACCAAGCCCUGAUCGUGGCAUGUGGACCAUCUGCCUGCACAGAGGCGAGUAUCGUGCUCGGACGCCAAUCAGUGCUCCUCUAACCUUUAAGAAGAAACCUCAGAAGGUACGAGUUCAGCUCGACUUGGAAGGCGGACGAGUAAUUUUUUCUGACGCCACCGAUAACGCCCUGCUCUACAAAUAUAAGCAAAAGUUUACAGAAAAGAUGUUUCCUUAUUUUUCCAAUACAUGCAAAAGGCAUCCGUUGCGUAUCUUAGCAGAGAAGGUGUCUGUGUACACGGAGUAACUCGGAGAAGCUCAUUUUGUUGAGAUGGACAAAUUGAACUGGUGCAAGAAUGAAUUGAAAAGACAUGUCCACAUGUGCUGGAGAAGACUUAACGGAGUGAUUUGACUCUCCCGUCAUCAAUAGCGCCUUAAGCUUUUGGUGAUUAUGGUGCACAUUUGUCAUGGCAUUGUUUCGACAACCUAAGUUUUGGCCGAGAUCUCGUAUUGAUGAGGGGAGAGUAGAACCACUCUGUAAAGUCUUCUCCAGCACAUCCCAAAGACUUUCAAUGGGGUUAAGGACUCUUUGGUGGCCAGUUCAUGAGCGAAAAUGAUUCCUCAUGCCACUCUUUCACAAUUUGUGCCCGAUGAAUCUUGGCAUUGUUGUCCUGGAAUAUGCCUGUGCCAUCAGGGAAGAAAAAAAUCCAUUGAUGGGAUACCUGGUCAUUCAGUACAUUCAGGUUGUCAGCUAACUUCAUUUUAUUGCCGCAUAACGUUACUGAGCCUAGACUUGACCAAUUGAAGCAACCCCAGAUCAUAACCAUUAUUUAAAUCCAAACGGAAACAUUUUUUGGCCAGGCAGUGUAAUAUAAUGUAUAUACAGCUCUGGAAAUCAUUAAGAGACCGCCGCAAUUAUCAGUUUCUCUGGAUUUACUAUUUAUAGUUAUGUUUUAUUCUAUAAAGAACUGACAGCAUUUCUCCCAAAUUCCAAAAUAAAAUGUUGUCCAGCUGGCCUCACUUGAACCCGUAAUUGCGUAUAAACAUAUUUGCAUAUAAACGAGUAUUUACCUGGAAUUCGACUGUCAAAAUAAGUCACAAGCAUGAAAGACAAAGUUAUUGUCAUGGCUAGUCUAUAAUUAAUUAUAUUGAGUGUGCUUUUUAUUUUAUAGCACAACAUAUAAUGUAUUCAUUAAUGUAAAGGAUCAGUGAAUGUGUAUUUAAUAAGAAUAAGUUGUAGGAGAGACCGGGGCAUGUUGUCACAGUUUAUUUUGACUUAUUUUGACAGUCAAAUUCUGGGUAAAUACACGUUUAUAUGCAAAUACGUGUUCAUGCGAGGUCGUCUGGACAUGAAAUAACAUGUAUGGACACAAUAGAUUCAUGUGAAAUGAGUCUUUAGUGUAACGUGUACGUUUUACAUGUAAAGACAUUUUUAACACUCUGGCCUUCUAUAAUUCAUGUUCGUGACAGAAAUAGGCAUGACAAGUUUUUUUUUAGGUUUAGGGUUAGAUGAACCAGGGGAUAAAAAUGGUUCAAGGAAUGAAAACAGAAAAUAAAGUCAUAAACGAAUAUUGGAACAAAGUCCCUUUCAAUUGUUCCCUAGUGAAAGCAUUAUUUUAAAUGCUGAUUACCGUUUAAUAAUAGGUUAAUUUUGUCUUUAAUUUAAUGUUGUUAUGAAACAAAAGGCCAAUGCAAAAUAAGCAUCAUCUUUGAUCCUGAAUGAACUCAUUACAUCACAAUUUAUUUAUUUUUGCCUAAUUUCACAUUGUGGAUGUAACAUUGUUACAUGCUAAAAAGCUUUUUUAACAACGACAGUGUACAUAAUCACUACUUACACAUGCAUGGGUUUAUCCAGUUUUUAGAUGGCCAGAUGUAUAAUUUUGGGUAUAUAUUUUAUACAUUUAUUGAAAAGCAAAAAUUAUAUUGACUACUGUAUCCUACGCUGCUUAUGAAUUAUAUGCUGAUAAUUCCCCCACAUGGGAAAAAACGUACUGCGUAUUUUCGCUUAAGUUUGUGCAGCAGGUCCCUGUUGUCCUUGUUUUAGUAAUUGAACCGAGUUCUCAAUAAACCUCUGAUGAAAUCUGCACCUGUCCAGCCUUGUCAAACCCCAGUGGACGGAUGCUUCUGGCGAAAGCAGAUACUCGCUCCCCCUUGCAUUAGCUGUGGCAUGCACAAAUGUUGUUAACCUUUUACUGCAAUCAAGACUCGACAUGACCAACCCUGCGAAAAGGACAUUUAAUAUAUAUAAUAAUCAAUAUUUUUGUUUUAUUAUUCUUAUCCAGUAUGUAACCACGACUAUGGAAAUGAAUUGUUCAAUUCACUAUUCAAUGUGGGAUCCCUGCAUAGAUCUGAUUUUGAAAGCAGAGCUUCAUUAAAGUUAUUGCACUGUUGCUUUUAUCGGCAAGUAAAAAACAACGAAUGUCGUAAAAUAAUGUACAUCACCCCUUGUUGUCAUUUCAUCCCCUUGGAAUUAUAAGGUUCUAUCUGACAUUUUGUCAAAAUUGAGUUAUUCACAUAUUCUUAUUCUGUGACAACUUAUUUACAUUAUGUGAUGUUUUUUUUUUAAGUUGUGUACAUUCUGGGACUUUUUAUUGAAAAAACAAAAAGGUUCUAUCUACAAAGUCGAACUCUAACUUGGCUCUAUAAGGUUCUAUCUGCGUUAGCCAAUCAGCACUUCGAAUGAACAGAAGAGGACCAAUCAGGAUCAACUUUAUAUGUCGUGGUCGCCGGCUUUUUCCUUGAAUACAGAAAAGAUCGCAG